AUGCGUUGGCUAGGCAACAUUUUCCCAUGUUGGGGCUCCAGGAAACAUGGAGGCCGCAAGUUAUCAGCAGCACAGUACGGAAGCAACACGAAUCGGGGCUCGGGCGAACUAACUGAUUUCGUUGGCGAGAUGCCCCCUUAUUUGGAAGAAGUCAAGCCUGCACAGGGACCCUAUUACGUCAAUGGCGUGAAGAAUCAGACAUUGGAGAAGAAGCCCAUUGACACAGAUUCUAAUAGCCUGUCUGAUCAGAGUACUGUCGUGAGUUUUGAGGUCCAGACCACCGAGAAGUCACCAAUCAACCUGGACUCCGAUAGCCUCUCUGAUCAAAGUACCGUCGUUGGGUUGGAGAUCCAGAACACAGAGCAGACACAAAUCAAGCUCGACUCCGGUAGUCUCUCUGGUCAGGUUACUGUUACUGAAAGCAUUGACAUUUCCAAGCCUGAUCAUCAUGAGGACCUUCAGUUCUGUGGUAGUACGAACGCUUUACCGGUCGAGCCAUCUGGGAAGCUGAUGGCCACCUUCUUGUGGACCAAGGAUGUUUGUCCUGAUUCCCUCGAGCUGGUGGAUGUCAUUCCAGGUUCGGACAAGAAGUCUGGUCUUGUGGAGGGAAUCUUCCGCUACAAGAGCUCUCUGGUUCCUAUAUUCAUUCCUUCACGGUAUGCCGAGCAGCGACAAUGCCAGCCACGCCAUUGUGGCACUUCUCAAGUUGAUGCACCGAUGGAGGAGUCACCUACGGAUCACAAACUUGGAAACGAAAGUCCGCUACCAUGCAGCACGGGAUUUUUAGCCCUACCACCCACUCCACCUACGACUCCCACACCCAGAGAAGCAUCAAACACUGCGCAAUCCGACAAUUUUAUAAACUGCACCAACUGGGGCGCCUUUGCUGCCUGGGCACAAGCGCCAUCCCCAUAUCAGGAGUCAUACUGA